GCGCUGCGCAAGCUGUGCGGAACGUUAGCGUGCAGCUGCUGCAAACGUGUGUGUGGAAAAUCCCAUCCACAGAGAAGAGAAAGCCGGUUUCUGUCUCGCAAGUUUUGUGCUGGAAUGUUCUUCCCGAUCGCGUUUGUCGCAGCCAGGCAGUUGGCUCGGCCACUGUUCGUACGAGGUUUCUCCACCUCACAGGUCUACGCUGCCAACAAGAUGAAGAUCGCUGUGAUUGGUCAGAGCCAGUUCGGUACGGAGGUGUACAACCUCCUGAAGAAGGAGGGUCAUGAGAUCGUCGGUGUCUUCACCAUUCCAGAUCUUCAAGGAAAGCCAGAUCCUUUAGCUGUAGCAGGAGAGAAGGAUGGCGUUCCCACAUUCAAGUUCCCGCGGUGGCGCGUGAAGGGCCAGUCGAUCCCGGAGGUCGUGCAGCAGUACCAGGCCUGCGGUGCCGACCUCAACGUGCUUCCCUUCUGCUCCCAGUUCAUCCCCAUGGACGUCAUCAACACCCCGAAACACGGCUCCAUCAUCUACCACCCCUCCAUCCUGCCCAGGCACAGGGGAGCCUCAGCUAUCAACUGGACAUUGAUCCAUGGGGACAAGAAAGCGGGAUUCACGAUAUUCUGGGCAGACGACGGUUUGGACACAGGACCCAUCCUGCUGCAGAAGGAGUGCUACGCCGGGCCGAACGAAACUCUGGACAGUCUGUACAACAAGUUCCUGUACCCAGAGGGCAUCAAGGCUAUGGCAGAAGCAGUGCAGCUGAUUGCCGAUGGGAAAGCACCGCGGAUGCCCCAGAGCGAGGACGGUGCCACGUACGAACCCAUGCUGAAGAAGAAGGACUCUGUGCAGAUCAACUGGGACCAGCCAGGCGAGAGUCUCCAUAACUUCAUCCGUGGGAACGACAAGCUGCCGGGUGCCUGGACAACCAUCAAUGGAGAGCAAGUCACGCUCUACGGCUCCAAAAUGUUCAAGAAGGAAGUUCCGGAGGGCACGGAGGUUGAAGUGCCUGGUGCGAGCAAACCUGCCAUCGUGCACAAGGGCGGGAUGAUCUUCACUGGCAACGAUGGGAAAAUGUUGAACGUGAAGAACCUGCAGUUCGCUGACGGCUCCAUGAUCCCAGCUAAGAUGUUCGGUAAAGCCGAUGCUGGCGGCGCCACACUGGAGCUGACAGCUGAGGAGAAGGAGCUGGAGGGACAGCUCAAGGAUGUGUGGAAGGGGAUCCUGUCCAUAGAAGACAUCCAGGGGGAGACAGACUUCUUCAAGGCUGGAGCCGGCUCCAUGGAUGUGGUCAGGCUGGUGGAGGAGGUACUGCAGCGCUGCUCUGACGUCAACCUGCAGAACGAGGAUGUCUACAUGAACACGACGUUCCAUGACUUCAUGCAGAUGGUCGUACGUAAGGCACGCGGCCUGGAUGAGCCUGAUGAGUUUGAGUACGACGCUAUCGAGAUGCACGUGAACAACUUGAAACUGGAGUUUCCCAAUCAGCUGUUCAUCAACAACGAAUUCGUCGAUGCGUCAAAUGGAGCGACCUUUGACACCAUCAACCCCACAGACGAAUCUGUGAUCUGUAAGGUGUCAAAAGGAACGAAGGACGAUGUGAACACAGCCGUGCAGGCUGCUAAGGAGGCGUUCGAGGACGGCCCGUGGGGCAAGAUGAACCCACGAGACAGAGGGAAACUCAUGUACAGGUUGGCAGACUUGAUGGAUGAGCACAAAGAAGAGCUGGCUACCCUGGAGGCGAUCGACUCUGGUGCCGUGUACACACUGGCUCUGAAAACCCACGUGGGCAUGUCCAUCGAUACGUUCCGCUACUACGCAGGCUGGUGUGACAAGAUCAUGGGUACGACCAUCCCCAUCAACCAAGCCCGCCCCAACCACAACCUCACCUACACCAAAAGGGAGCCUGUUGGUGUUGUCGGCCUGAUUGUCCCGUGGAACUACCCACUGAUGAUGUUAGCGUGGAAGAUGGGCGCUGCGCUCACACCAGGGAACACCAUUGUCCUCAAGCCUGCACAGGUAACACCGCUGACAGCCCUGAAGUUUGCAGAGCUGGCUGUGAAGGCAGGGUUCCCCCCUGGUGUCAUCAACAUUCUGCCUGGGGCAGGUUCCCAGGUCGGCCAGGCCAUCUUGGAUCACCCAGACGUGAGGAAAGUCGGCUUCACCGGAUCCACACCUGUCGGCAAGGACAUCAUGAGGAGUUGUGCUGUGAGUAACCUGAAGAGAGUGUCCCUUGAGCUGGGUGGCAAGUCUCCCCUGGUCAUCUUCAACGACUGUGACCUGGACAGGGCCGUCAGACAGAGUUUGAGCGGCUGUUUCUUCAACAAAGGCGAGAACUGCAUCGCGUCUGGCCGACUGUUCGUUGAGGAGUCUAUCCAUGACGAGUUCGUCACCAGAGUGGUGGAGGAGAUCAAGAAGAUGAAGAUUGGAGAUCCCCUGGACAGAUCUGUGGAUCACGGACCUCAGAACCACCUAGCUCACUUUAACUCCCUGCUGGAGUACUGCAAGGUUGGAGUUGAACAAGGAGCCAAGCUGGUGUACGGUGGGAAGAAGGUGGACAGACCAGGGUUGUUCCUCCAUCCCACCGUGUUCACGGAGGUGACAGACGACAUGUGGAUCGCUAAGGAGGAGUCAUUCGGACCUGUCAUGAUCAUCAGCAAGUUCAAGGACGGAGACAUUGAUGGGAUGCUGAAGAGUGCCAAUGACACAGAGUUUGGUCUGGCUUCUGGCGUGUUCACCAAGGACAUCAACAAGGCGCUGUACGUGGCAGACAACCUGCAGGCUGGAACUGUCUUCGUCAACACCUACAACAAGACAGAUGUUGCUGCACCCUUCGGAGGCUUCAAGCAGUCAGGCUUCGGCAAGGAUCUUGGCCAGGAGGCGCUUCACGAGUACACCAGAACCAAGGCUGUCACUGUGGAGUACUGGCUGUGAGGGGUCAAAGGUUCCAACCUACGGGCUAUGGGGGGGUCAAAGGCCCUGACCUAUACAUAUUGUCUGGACAGACAAACACCACAUGUGCAUCAUGGUAGGGUUAACAUUCCUCCCAACACAUCAGAGAUGUCAGACUCAGUAAAGUUUGAGCAAAAGGUUUGAGCUUCAACCUGACUGACCCAACUGCAGUGGUCACACGACCUUAGGGAUGCUUGAUCUAUGCAAGGGGUCACACUGGUUAUUAGAAGUGUUGUUAGAAAGUUAGCCCUGCUAUGAUGUUGUUCAGCACGGAUGAGAUUUCCUUCCACAUAUGCAUCACAUAUCUCCACCAGAACAAUCAUCUUUUAGCUGAGAUGACUGUUCUGUAGAAAAUCAUGUACACGGUUGUGUAGCCUAGAGUCCCUGUGCAACUGUACAGAAAUUAUGGUAUCAGAUAUCCAGAGAUGUUGAUAAUAAAUUACUGCAACUGAAACAUGUCAUGGACUUAGUUUUAGAUAGAGUACCCAUCCCAAUAAUGUGCCAUCAGUAAUACAUAGACGUAGUAAAGUCUGUGUCAUCUCCAAAAAUUAGUUUUGGUUUUAGAUCUAGAGUUAGUAAAUGUUGUGAAGAAAAAUUAUCUCUGCAAUAAUUCGAGAAAAUUCUAUAUUAACCAGUGCUUGUUGUGUUAAAGUUGUCACAAAUUUAAUCAGACUACUUCUUUUGAAGGUGACUGAGGAUACCUACAUGUGUAAGGUAGAAAAUGUGUGCAUUUUGAAUCACAAUGGUUCUUUUAUGUACAUGUCUGUGAUCAUGUAGUUAUAUUUAGACGUUUGGGGAUCUUUUUAAUUAUUAACUUGAACUGCAGCCAAAUUGGCACUCUACAAGCAAAUAUUUCAUUUGUGACAAGUUUUGUCAGCUUAUAGAGAUGUGCAUGGCGGCAGUCUACUAACGGACACAUUUCUGUUAAACCAAAUUUUUGACUUGAAAAUUCAAACCUCACUGUAGCUUUUCCAAAAUGGAGUCAAAGAUUCCAUUGAGCUUGCUUCAUCCAUCCUGUAUCUGUACCACUUCUGUCUACAAAUGUAGAUGAACUGUCUAGAAUAGAACACUGGAGCAAUAAAAACAGACAUUUGGGAGCAGCGUGUUCCACCAUUGUCUGUAUGACUUA